UGCCGCGCCGCCACCGCCGCACCGGGGCACCGCCCGCCCACGGACACGCCGCCGCCCGGGACAGCCGCCUCCGGUGGCCGCAGAGCCGCGCCGCCCCGAGAGACGAUGGUGCCGCGGGCCUGGCGCAGCGCCGGGGCUCGCCCGUUCCUGCUGGCGCUGCUGCUGGUGCAUCUGCCGCAGGGUCGCGGCCACCGAGCCACGGGGCCCCGGUUUUUAAUAAGUGACCGUGACAGAGACCCUCAGUGUAACCUGCAUUGCUCCAGGUCCCAGUCCAAACCCCUGUGUGCCUCUGAUGGCAGAACAUACGAGUCCAUGUGCGACUACCAGAGAGCCAAAUGCCGUGAGCMGGGUCUGACCGUGACACAUCGUGGCCGGUGCAAAGAUGCUGGCCAAAGUAAGUGUCGAUUAGAGAGAGCUCAAGCGCUGGAACAGGCAAAGAAGCCGCAGGAAGCAGUCUUCAUCCCAGAAUGCAAUGAGGAUGGAUCAUUCAUGCAGGUGCAGUGCCAUACCUACACUGGAUACUGCUGGUGUGUGACACCUGAUGGCAAGCCUAUUAGCGGCUCUUCUGUACAGAACAAAACUCCUGUAUGUUCAGGUUCUGUAACUGAUAAACCAUCAAGCCAGGGUAAUUCAGGAAGGAAAGUUUCUUUUCGAUUCUUUUUAACCCUGAAUUCAGAUGAUGGUUCGAAGCCAACGCCUACCAUGGAAACACAGCCUAUUUUCGAUGGAGAAGAAAUCACAGCACCCACCCUUUGGAUUAAGCACUUGGUCAUCAAAGAUUCCAAAAUGAACAGCUCCAGUAUAAGGAAUUCAGAAAAAGUUCACUCCUGUGACCAGGAAAGGCAGAGCGCCUUGGAGGAGGCCAGGCAGAACCCYCGCGAGGGUAUCGUCAUCCCCGAGUGUGCUCCUGGAGGACUCUACAAACCAGUGCAAUGCCACCAGUCCACUGGCUACUGCUGGUGUGUCCUGGUGGACACAGGACGUCCCCUACCUGGUACUUCCACACGGUAUGAGACUCCAGUGUGUGAAAGUGAUGCCAGAUCAAAGAGCACCGAGAUUGAUGAUCCCUUCAAGGACAGAGAACUUCCAGGCUGUCCAGAAGGGAAGAAAGUUGAAUUUAUUACCAGCUUACUUGAUGCUCUGACUACGGACAUGGUACAGGCUAUUAAUUCAGCAGCACCUACUGGGGGUGGGAGGUUCUCUGAGCCAGACCCCAGCCACACACUAGAGGAGCGAGUGGUGCACUGGUAUUUCAGCCAGCUGGACAACAACAGCAGCAAUGACAUCAACAAGCGGGAGCUGAAGCCUUUCAAACGUUACGUGAAGAAGAAAGCCAAGCCCAAGAAAUGUGCCCGGCGUUUCACUGACUACUGUGACCUCAACAAGGACAAGUCAAUCUCACUUCAGGAGCUGAAAGGAUGUUUGGGAGUCAGCAAGGAAGGAGGUAGCCUGAGCAGUUUGCCCARUGGAAAAAGACAAGGCCUUAACCCUUUCAUAGGUCGCCUGGUGUAGCAGCAGAAGACAGGGAAGGCAGGAGCUGACCCACAGGAAGAAAAAAUGUAGUGACAGACGGACAGACACCUUGCUGCUUGUGAGCAAGCACGCAGCAUCAGCAACAUCCAGCGUAGCAGAAGUGGCACCCAGAGCGUUUGCACUUUUUAAAAAUUGGUUUGGGUUUGUUUUUAAUUGCUUUUCAAUACYAUUAUCUAAUACUUUGGAAAGCAGAGGGAAGCAGGAUCAUGACCUUUUAAAAUUGGAACAGCUACUGAUGAUGUAAAAUUGAGUUCACUGGGACUCAAAGAAUUUUAUAUACUGUAUAUAAAUAUAUUUGUAAAUUGUACAGUUGUCUUGUACAGGGGUUGGAGUCACUGUUCUAUUCCUCCCUUUGCUUUUGAAGGCUGUUAGGGCUAGAGGGACACUUAGCCUUUAACAAAUUAUAGUAAUAAAUUCAUUUCUGCCACUGAACCAUCAUUCAGUGGUGAACCUUAACACCCCCAUACAAAAGGAGACAGUGUAUCAGCAUCACUUCUUCUUGCAGAUAUGCACACAAUACCCCAGAUACCAAAUGCUUCUCGAGAGCAGCUGAACCCCUUUUCUUACCAUAAAGCCCUGUGUAACUCAGGCCAUUGGGCGUUUGAGAGCACAGAUUUUGUGUAAGUACUGGUGCACUGCAAAGCUGCUUAAAGUAGGGAUAGAAAAGGGUUAUAUUAGGGAUGUACAAAAGUAGUUCCUGCACCUGUUGCUAGUUGGGCAGAAGUGAAUUACAAAUGCAUUGCUAUUCAGGCCCAGAUAACAUGCUUAGCAAAGAUGUGCUGUGCCUCUAGAAUCUAAAGCUGUAGGAAGGAUGUGGGAGCCAUAGGUCUAGUAGAGUCGGUGAAGUCUUGCAUCUUCCUCUCUGGCAAAGUGUUCAUCUAUGUGUUGUACAACAAUAAACAUUUUGAGAAGCCUGCUAAAAGGAGCAUUAGCCUGCCUUAUGCUUUGCUGAAGAGCAAAGAACAUGUCAGUGCAGACAUAAUCAUGCUGCUCAUAGUCACUCCUCAAGAGUCUGCUUUACUUGUGUUGGAACGCUGCAGCCUGGGCCAUGCUCACUGGUGAAGAUCUGUCAGCAGUGACUCUUCUUGUCACUGGUGGUUGUGAAUCCAAGCUCCCCUCCUGCACAGUGGUGUGCCUGCCCACUUUGCCUGAUUUGCUGUUACCAGUCCCUCCUGGGUAUUGUGACACUGGGGUGUGAUUAGCACUAACAGUGAAGGCUUGGGGUGAGGAGUCUGGUGUUGUUGGAGGCCACAGGGGCAGUUUCAACCACYAGCAGUUUCACCAAAAUUGUUUCUUUGGUAGGGCUGCCCAUAUCAGCACUCCUAGGCUUGGGCAGAGUGUGAUGGGACACGCAGUGUUUUGCUUUAUGUAUUUUCAACCACUGGAAGCACUCCUGAGCAGCCUUCCACUUCAGACCUGGAGAUCCUUGUGCCACUUACCUUUCUCGAACCUGUUAGAAGAAACUGAAGUGAGGGUGAUGAAAUUACAUGCUAAUACKAGAUCACACCAACAAUUUCUUGCAACAGCAAUGGAUUACUGUAGAGACUGGAGUCAUCCCUCAAGGCUCUGUGGCUUUGGUAAAACAUGAUUGAUACAGCACAACAUCUUUGUCAUGUCAUCAUGACAAUCGUGUGAGAUGUGUCACCAAAAAAAAGUGUCCUGAUGCAAUAAGGUAGUGCUUGUUGACAAAAUGGAAAGUUAAAAAAACUUAACAAACCUUUCUAACUGUUUAGGAGUAGUAAUAACUCUUCCUCUGGGAAGUAUAUUGGAGCUAAUUAAAACAUAUGACAUGGUUGAAAACACCUCUGGUAAUAUCUGAAAUAUACAUAAUAACACCAUAAUAGAAAGAACUCAUCUCUUUAGCAAGAGCAGAUCCUGCUGGUGGACCUUGAUGGUUUCUCACAUAUAAUGAAUGUGCUUUUUUGGCCUGUAAAAUCCCACCUUCUUGAUUGUUUCUUCUCCUUUGGUUCAUUGUUUUUUGGGUUGUUUUUUUUUUUAAUGCCCAGGGCACAUCUUUUUUGUGUUGAAAUAAUUUGAUUUAGUGUAUAGUUAGAAAUGUCACAGUCACACUCACUAAUCCUGUUGUAGGGAAUAAAGAAUGAAACCAACUGUAUAAAAAAACCCUCUCCAUUUUAAUAUUCUAGUUUUAGGAAUUGGAAGUUCUGGCUGCUGGGUUGGUUGGUGCUCGGUGGUUUAGGGGGUUUUGUUUUUUUGGGGGGGUGGGGUUUUUUUGUGUUUGGUUGGGGUUUUUUUAAUGUAUAGUCACAUCCAGCAGAAGCAGACAAUUGUAUGCCUCUAAGAAUUCUAUUAGCCAGGCACUGGGGUUGGGCAAUGCCCCACAAGAUUGUGGGGGGACUGCAGAGCUGCUAAAACUCACUGCAUCUUCCUCUGGAAAUAAAUCAGUCAGCCGCCACUCCUGCUUGUCACAUAAAUCCUUCUGCUGACCUUCUUUUUCUCAUCCUUGUGUCCUUCCCCKCCAAAAAGCCUGCAUUCACAUGUGGUUUGCAGCUGAAAUUGGGUCAGUUCUUCAAGGAAGGCAAACAAGGGGUGGCUGUUGGUUAAUUUUGGUGUCAUGGGUAUUCCAUGGAUGCUAGGUCAGGGCUGACUUUACASAUGGAUUGGGGACCAAGAGUUGCUUUUCCCUUUCACAAGUCCAAGUUCUUGCAUCCUGACUCACCGAAUUUGUGUGGGUCUCUGAGCAGCUUCUGGCAACACUUGUCCAUUGCUGUGGAAAGCCCAGCCAGCAUGAUUGUGUAAUGUCCAGGUAGAGGUCAGGUUAUUUGUCCUGGCUUUGUGUUGGAGGAUUGUGCAGACCAUCCUGGGCCUGAUUCACACAGUCCCUGCCAUGAGCUGUCCCAACAACCUGUACUCACCAGAAGAGAGCAGAGCCUCAGCUGCCCACUUCUCCUCUUGGUUUUAUUGCCAGUCCACCUGGCUGCCAGGCCAAAUUGUCCUUAUCUGGUGGUCGUCAGCAAUCAUCUGCUUUGUCUUGCAUCAGUAGCAUCUUACUGAUGCUGGGACACAGGCAGUGUCAGUGUUGUGUCUGAAAGCAGCCCCUGGCCAUGUGUCUCCUCAUCCUUCAAGUCCUCCUGGGCCUCUCCAGCUCUACUUUGAAUGACAGCUGAAAACAGCUGGGACAGAGAAGAGAACCAGGACUCAACAGGGCAAGUCAUCUGUGCUUCCUGUCAGAAGUAAAAAACCUUUCUUGCUGAUCUUCCAAGGGCAUACUGUGUUGUAGGAAGCUGCAUUACAGUGGGAUUUGUGUGUAGGCACUGCUUUCCAUGACCUGAGUUUAUACUGAACUGACCCUGCCCUAGCAUAUUUCUGCCUAUGGCAUAAUUUGUUAAAUUGAAAGGCAUCUGUUUGGUUUUGUAAUAAAAUAGAUAACUUUUGC